GAUAAUCGGGAAAACUGAUCUGUAGUGAGUUUCUGACAAAAAUAUAGUCUGCCGUUAGUCGUCGGACCGUUCAGUCUAUUCGUUCGAAACAGUGCUUAACGAGUUGUGUGUUAGAUCGCACACCUUUUUUUAAAUUUCCUUUAAAGAGACUUAAACCUUAAAACCACAAAUCAACAUGGCUGAUGAGGAGGCAAAGAAGGCUAAGCAAGCCGAAAUUGAACGCAAGCGUGCUGAAGUACGCAAGCGUAUGGAGGAAGCUUCCAAGGCUAAGAAGGCCAAGAAGGGUUUCAUGACUCCCGAAAGAAAGAAGAAACUCAGGUUGUUGCUCCGCAAGAAAGCCGCUGAAGAGUUGAAGAAAGAACAAGAACGCAAGGCCGCUGAACGCAGACGCAUCAUUGAAGAACGUUGCGGUAGUCCCAGAAACCUCAGUGACGCCAGCGAAGCUCAAUUACAAAAGAUUUGCCAAGAGUACUACGACCGUAUGUACACCUGCGAGGGCCAGAAAUGGGAUCUUGAAUAUGAAGUCAGGAAAAAAGACUGGGAGAUCAACGAUCUCAAUGCCCAAGUUAAUGAUCUUCGUGGCAAGUUCGUUAAGCCUGCUUUGAAGAAGGUUUCCAAAUACGAAAACAAAUUCGCCAAGCUCCAAAAGAAGGCUGCUGAAUUCAACUUCCGUAACCAACUUAAGGUUGUCAAGAAGAAGGAAUUCACAUUGGAAGAUGAAGAGAAGGAGAAGAAACCCGACUGGUCCAAGGGCAAACCCGCCGAUAAGGUAAAGGAGGAAGCUGAAGUUGAAGCCUAAGUGUUCCGAUUUAUAUAUAUGACCAUAUCCCGCCCUAUUUUUAAAUAAAUCAUUUAUUAUUUAUUAAUUGUUUUCAAACAACAAAAAAGAAAAUAUGUACAUCUAAAUUAUAUGAGAGAAAAAGAAACCAAAAAAAAAACAACAAAAAAUAAUAAUUAAAAAUAUCUUUUAAACUCUA